CAGGAGGCGAGCAAACCCAGGCCAGGCAGGCGAGGCAAAAGCAAGGCAAGGCAGUCAGGCGCAGUCAGACGGGACGGAUAGGCCGGCUGCUGUCGCAACGCACGCGUGUACGUGUUGCAGCUGAUCCGCGUGCGCGUGUACAUGCACGAAUCUUCCACGGGAGGAGGAAGAUUGACGGACACGUGACAUACGGAAUUGCUGCGUGCGGUGCUGAAACGCUUGUUAUUAUUUAACCUACGGCAGUGAGAUCGAGAUCGAAAUAUCGGAUAUCGGAGCGAGAAUAGAGACAGUAGACGCGACUCACGAGGACACGGAAGAUCCGCGUGGUGAGUGCCUCCGGUAGAGAUUCUUGCGCAGGAACGGAGCGUGGUAUUAUGUCACACUCCCACGCGAGCGACGGCCGCCGCUGCCGUUCCUGCCGCCGUCGCUGCUGCCACCGUUGUUGCUGCUGCUGCUGCAAGGCCCAACAUCCUCGUCGUUUGACAUUUCCGCGGGUGUGCAACGCCUGAUGGAUCACACACGCGCGCGGCCCAUUGUGAAUGUUAACGCUCCUUUCGCGUAUCACCUUAGUGUGUUCGGUUUAUCGCCGCAACAAGAUUCUUAAACGAGACAUUUGUGCUGUCCCACGAAAGCACCGAUAUUUGUCGUAAUUCGACAGUGACAUCGAUAUCCGACGCGACGCGAUCCACGUUCAAUUCUUCCCGGUGUUCCUCCCGUCGUCGGUUCGAGAAAAGAAAACAAACGUUUUUGGAUCCUUUCAUUCAACGUCACAUCCACUUUGCCAGGCAAACGCGCCGUCCAACGGCCUCCGUGGGAGGAAGGCGACAACAAAGGCGGUGCGCGUGCCUCCCGGAGGCGAGGCGAGAAGUCAUCGGAGAAUCGCGGCGCACGCAGGACGUCCUCAUCGACUGGACGUUGUACAUCAUCGUCGUCGCGAGUGUAUAGUUUUUACCUCGCACAUAGAGACGUAUAGAACGCGAGUGAAUUAUUGAGAGAAGAGAAAAGAAAAACGGAAGAACCAAGAGAGGGAGAGAGAGAGUGUGCAUCGCAACGCGUGUGAAAUGGAUGGUACGCCAAAGAAAAGCGAAGCAGUGCUAAUAUAUGGAUGCCCAUGGGUGGAACUUGGCCGAAAUGUGCCAGCGCUACCAUCACGCUAUACCGGCGGCAGCGGCGACGCAGAAUUCCUCGCCAGCUAGGGAUCCCUCGGUUGCCAUCGCGCAAGGCCUGUCAACCGCCGCUCUCAUCGAUCAAGCCAGCCCGUCUUAUUCGCACUACACGAUGCUGGACAAUUAUGACAGGGGUGAGGUGACACCACCACCGGCGGUGAGCGGCUACGGCGGCUCCCCCGGGCUCUUGGCGCUCCAUUCGUCGCUUUACGCAACUCCCACGUCGAGGGCCUACGACAUCGACUCCGGUAUCGACGGCAACGACAGCUCGAUGCCCAUCGACACCCAAAUCAUCUCGAUACCGAGCAUGCUGUCCGGCCCGGCGCAGCAGCGGCUCGAGGAUAUGCCGUGGCUGGCCUCCGGCCCGUCGCUCGAGUACCAACCGGGCAUCUCGCCGAUUCCUGCAGGAGUGAAGAUGUGCCAUCCCGGCGGCGGCACCGCCCAGAGGAGCCUCAAGGAGCAACGGAUACGUCGCCCGAUGAACGCGUUCAUGGUCUGGGCAAAGGUCGAGCGCAAGAAAUUGGCCGAUGAGAAUCCCGAUCUCCACAAUGCCGAUCUCAGCAAGAUGCUCGGAAAGAAAUGGCGAGGACUGACGCCGCAAGACAGGAGGCCUUACGUCGAGGAGGCUGAGAGGCUCCGAGUCAUACACAUGCAAGAACAUCCGAAUUACAAGUACAGGCCGCGACGUAGGAAGCACGCGAAACGGACACCCGGUGCACCGUCCUCGCCUCCCUCGGCGACCAACACCGCGGGCAACAGGUCCAAUCCUGCCGGCUCGGCGAUUCAUCAUUCCAUGUCCAAGAUGGACAGUUACCAGGGCAUGUCUCAAAUCCCGUGGGGUGGCCAUUCCCCGAUCUCAUCCCUGUAUCAUCAACAGCAACAGCAGAGUAUCCAGGAGUACAAAUCUGAAAAUAAUUCGCUCUAUGGCAGUCCUUAUACGCCCAUCAUCCACACCCCGGACAUAUCUCCGGUGGCCAGUCCCGAGCCCGAUGGUGAUGGUGGUCAUCUAUCGUCCGCUCAAAAUCCGGAUCCAGAACGAGAUCUGAUGGAAGGUACUUCAAAACAACAUGGAGACAUGUCCGAUCAGACAAAACGAUAUACCUUUAUGAGUAGUGACAAUCAACUGCACGCGGGUCACGCUAGUAACACUAGCAUAUCAUCGUGUCAAAAUUCCGGCAGUUAUACGGAUACCUUAACGUAUAAAAAAUCCGUGGGCUAUUUGAAUUUUGAGAGACAGUCCACGAGUAUAGCCGCAGUGGGCAUAGCGAACGGUAUGAUGGUGUCGUGCAAUAAGCUCCGCUCCGGUUUCGACAACGUCGGCUCUGUCACGGGCACGUUUUAUCCACCAGUUGCCUCGCCACACGAUCAAUCGCUGCAGCAUUACAGCGGCACGCAGACGCCUAAGAGCACGACGAACUAUUCGAUGCAACCUACCGUCGAGAGUAAUUACAAUCCGGUCCAAUGCGCCAACAGUCGACAGCAGCCCAUAGGGAUCCGCGGAGCCGCUGAAAGUUGUCCCGGCACAGUAACGCACCGAUAUCAAAUGCAUCAUCAGGAGUAUCAAACGGACGCGUCCUCCGGCCAGCAGCAACAGCACGCGAUUCUCGGCAGUCAUAUCGAUCCUGGUAUGAGUGCCGAGGAUGAUCAGCAACAGACGCUCCAACUGGAAAAAUAUUUCAAGUAUUCUCACCCGACAAGCGUAGCACAUUCGAGCCUAUCCUCGCAGAAUAUGUUAGACAGUAACCAUAACUACGCCAGCGAUCUGCGCUACUACGGGGCACCGCCGCAGUCUCAAUUGGACAUACCGAAUUCUCAGUGCAUUAUCGACGAUCAGCAGGGGAACAAGGAUGCUCGUUGUCCUAAUGUCGCGAUCGGUCACACUAUGGAGCAGUAUCAUCCGGGACUGGAGGUAUCCAAGUACACGGAUCACUCAGUGACGCAACAGCAUCAGCAAUCACAACCACAGCAGCAACAGCAGCAGCAGCAGCAGAGCAUGGAACACGUGCCCAAAGCCGAUGAUGAUUUCAGUGUUAUACUUGCGGACGUGCGCAAGACCUGCUACAGUAGCUAGUGUUUCUCCUUCUAGUGCACAAAACGAUCCACAAGUUUCGGAUUGGACUGACGUGCGAAUUUCAGGGACUCAUUUUUCGCUCACAAUCAGGGAGAACAGGACACUUUGCGCACAUUUUACGUCAUCACGUGGUUAGUGCUACCCGAAAUAUAUCAAAAGAUUUUAUCUCGUGAUAAAAGGUACGUUCUUCUCAUUAAUUUUGGAAACAAUAUUUUAGCUCAGAGUUUUCACGCGAGCAAAAGAUAUUGUUUGCAAUAUUCCAUUCAAUUUUCAAUACGGAAAAUCUUUAUAUAAUAGUUGCAGUUUUAUCUUUUGUAACUCCGUCUAAGAGUAUCCUCUGUGUAUAAGCAUGAUCUCUUAUGGAUUUCAGUACAAUUGAAAUUGUAUUCAUGCGAGUCAGUGGCGUAUAAUUGUCGCCUGUCAACAAAUUGCAAUAAGCGAAAUUGCGAUAAAAAUAUGAUACGAAUAUAAUAAUACGAUACAAAUAAUGAUAAACUACCUGAUAUGAUCAAGAAUGUCAUCAUAUUUUGUUACAAUGAGUACCGUUUUAUUGAAAUUUUUUACAAGAUAUUAAAUUUCCUCGAUCUCUCCGAUAUCUUAUCUACAGUCUUAUAUGAACACUUUAGGACCUCAGAAACGUAAUGAGAUAGGCGACUAAUGGUGUACGACUAGUGUGUAGCAUUAAAAUUACAGAGAGAAUUGUAUACUCACAUAGAUGUCACAUUAUUUUGUCACAUUAGUUUCAUUAUCAAAGAUAAUACAGUAGCAGAGAUAUAAUAGCGAUAGCGAGAGAUAUUAUAUUGUUAUAUUAGAAAACUUUCACAUGUCAAGAAAUAUUUUGCAUCAGUAAAUCUUCUCGUAUUUAUUCCGAGAUAGCAGCAUUUACUUUUGGUGCUACACCACUGUGAGCUUUAUCGUCCAAAAGCUUAUUUUUAAUCGUUACAAACAAUGAUUUUAUAUAUGUUUUAUUGUUGUACAUAAAUUUUUCUUUUCUUGCUCAGCAGGGUGACAUUUUUAGCAAUUUGUGCAAACUGCACAUCAAGUUUCGUAGAAAUGCAAGUGGUGCAAAAUGUCUUCGAUGUGUAUAGAAAUGUGUAAAGAAUUUUGGGUAAAACUAAAUUAUUAUUACAUUAUUAUUUUGCUAUUAUUAUAUUACCUAUAUUAAUUAACAUUAUUAUUAUUAUUAUUAUUAUUAUUAUUAAUGUAUCGUACUUAAUAGAAUCAAUUAUGAACAAACAUUUACCUCCCCCCUCCCAUAUCUUCUUCAAAGAAUAUUCUUCCACAAAAACAACAUAUUUUUGACGCGUUUUACAUUGUGCAUAUUGUUUAUUUUGUCAUGUAUGUAUCGUACACGCCUAUAAUAGGUACACACAAUAUAUGUAUGAG